CAACCGACGCAUCGGUUCCCGGCGUCGCCGUCCGUAAUCAUCAGUGUGUUCUACCGUCGGUCACCUGGUCCCCGACGACCGGACCGUCCAUAACUCAAAUCAAACGCCGGCUAUGCCAAUCCGAGCGGACUGAGCACCAGUGCAUGAAUUCCGUGUUGCAGUUGUGCCCGUUGGACCUGUACCAAUUGUUAACAAGAUGCCAGUUUUGGGACGGGUCAGGCACGGCUUCUGUCACUUCGUAAGGAUGUACGUACGUGGAAGUUGAGACUGUUUGUGGAAAUACGUACGAGUGUGUGGAAAUAAUAUGAGUAGUAACAAGAAAACGAAGAUGGUGCGAGCAAGACACACGAGUUUAGAGAUGCCGGACCCCGAAGCGGCGCUCAAGAACAAGAAGCAGGACGUGCUGUCGAAAGCCAGAAGCAAGUUCCUGACGCUAGGCGACGCCCUCAAAAAUAGAACGACCCUCGAACCGCCGCAACUGAAAAAGUCCAUGACACAAGCUACCCUUGAAUAUUUUUUCAAGCACUCGCACAACAAAGACAGACACCAUGUGUAUGCCAACACACGUGUUGAUCCGAAGCGGUCGUCGCUGCAAAAACAAAAUUCGGUCGGUGCGUAUCCGAUAAAAAUAGAGAUCCACGUGGAAGACGAAGACGAGUACAUGAACACCAUCAACCGGUCGCGACCUGCCACAGUUUGUGUUGACAAAGUGAGUGCACGUGACACCGACGCCUUGGCGUUGGAACGGCCGAGGAAAAAGAUCUCGUUCCGCGACGAUAUCAUGGGCUACGAGGUGAACGGACAAGGGAAUCUGGUCAGGAAGAACGGCACCAAUGGGAUUCUGCACAGGACGCCCAGUUACGAUAAUUUCGAUUUGGAGAGUCAAGCGAUGCGGGUGGUGAGAACGGUGGGCCAGGCGUUCGAGGUGUGCCAUAAACUAUCGAUAAAUGCACCGGAAAACGACAAUCUAUACCAGGACGAGCAGGAGACACUGACCCAGGACCUGCACAGCGACCGUUUCAGCGAUAACGCCAGCGAUAAACCUAAGAAGGACAUAGUGUCAGAAGGUGCGAGUGAUAAACUGUCGUUACCACCAGACGACGGCAGCGUCAAGGAUUCGUUCCUCGAGCCGAAAAACAAAAAAACACCGCAACUUGAUAUAUUGCCGCCGCCACCUGAAGUAAACACAAGAAAAACACCGCUGAUAUCGGCAGAGACGUAUUCAUCACCCCAAAGUGAUGCUCUUAACAGUGGCGGCAGCGGGGGCAGCGGAAGCGGAUCGUUGCCACCCGCGGGAAGCAACCUAUCCGCCCAUCACGAGCUUCAGCUGAUGAAAGAGCAGAUGGAACAACAGACGCAACAGACCCAAGCUGCUAUGGCCCAGUUGCAGCUCACCAUGGAAAAACUGGCUGCUGAAAAGAGCGCUAGAAGAGAGGCACAGAAGACGAUCAACCAGUUGUUGAUACAAAACAAGGAACUGCUGGACCACAUUGCCGAGUUGGUGGCCAGGUUGCAGCGUUACGAGAACGCGGGCCAACAACCAACUUUGGCCCACAUGACGAUGCCGCAGCAAAACCAACAACAACAACAACAGCAGCAACAGCAACAACAACAACAACCACAACAUUCAUCUUACCAAGAUAAUUCGUAUAUUCCGGAUUAUUCCGAAAGUGUCGACAACAGUGCAAUGCUUCAAGCGCUCGCAAACCAACAAAACCUUAUAGAAAACAGGGCAGUAACAUCCUGCCUCCCAUCAUCCCCCCUGAGAACAAAUUUCAACCCUGCAGGCAACGUAUUUAACUUCCCGUACCAGCAAUCAGUCGAGUCAUCAUUGGAAUUAAUGCAAAGAUUGCAAAGUCUCGGCGGCUUCAAUCCCCAAAUGUACAAUUAUCAAACGUUGCCGUUCAUACAACAGAACUUAUACAAUCAGCAGCCGCUGUUAAACAACAAUUACAGUACGUUGCAGCCCGUUCCGAAGAAACUCCCCCAAUCCCCGUUGACGGUUCGCCAUUCAUUCGCGGACGGCAGGAACAGCGAGCCGCGCCAGUUGUCCACCCCCACAUCGCAGUAUCAUUCCCAUCAAAAUCUAUCGCAGUUCCAAUCGCCGCCCCAGGCGCAAAUAGCGCCCACGCAGCAUCUGCAAGUGCAGCAGAACGUACAAAGGGCGGCGAGCCCCAAACCGCAGGAGUCGGAGGCGACGUUCAUUAAGCCGCUGUCGCAGAUGGGCACGCUCACGACGACCGACAGUGAGGGCAGAGUUAGGGUGAUCGUCCCCGUGCCCUCGAAUUCUGGCGAGGAUGCGGGGAAUCUGAUGGCUAGUUUGAGGAUAAGCGACGACUCUCGACCGAUUACCAGGUCGACGAGCGAGAAAGUUCCGAACAGAAGUGAACUGAUGUCGCAGGUGCAACGCACCACCUGGGCCAGACACACCACUAAGUGACAGUUGGAGUUGUUUUUCGUCAAGGAGAACUGAUUGGGUUUAUUUUAGCGAAUUCUUGCAGUAAUUUAUGACUGUAUUUAGUAUCCGGAUAAUUUUGUGAUAAUUUCAGAACGAGAUGAAUAAAUUAUACAAACUUAAAAAGUAUUAUCAGUUUUAGCACAAAUUUUAAAAAAUACAAUUAUUACCACAUACAUAUUAAGCGAAUAGAGAGAGGAAGACUGAACUCUUGCCCCAAUUUGUGUUAAGAUUGCUUUAAUUAAUGCCAAAUACUCUAUACAAAAUUACGAUGGUACUAAAUACAGAUAUUACCCAAAAUGUAUUAUGAAAUAUAAGAACAAGUUACGUAUUCGUCAUCCGCAAUAUUAAUGUGCCAAAAAAGAAGGAUUUGUAAUGAGUAACUUAGAACAUAGUAACCACCUGCAAAAUAUUCAUAUCUCCGUAAAUGAAUGUUAAACUAAUAAAUAUUAUGUUAUUUCUUAGCUAUAACUUAAUAAUGAAUUUUCAAAGAACUUCUUAUUCAAUCAACAAUCUUUAAAGCUAGAACACUGUUUACAAUAAAACUAUAUGUCGUAGAUUAAUAAACCUGAAAACUCAUAUCAGAUUAAUAAAAUGCUUCCAUAGAAAAA